AUGUCUCGAGAUCUUGAGGUGCUUUCACCCCUGGUUCCCGCCUGGAUGCUCACUUCCUCCUCCGAUGACCUUCGAUCGGCCGCUAGCAUGGCCACCUGCGCCAGGCUUUCACGGCCAAAUCUAAUCGCCGAGUGUCCCCAUCUACCUUUCCCACUCCACUUGGUGCAUGGCACCCGCCGUAAUUUUCUUGCCAACAGCAUUCACCAAUCUCUUCGUGUACGGAAUUGCCGCGAUCCAGAGGUACUCGCCAUGGGGUGGCUGGUCUAUGUCUAUGCGAAGUGGCGCAUAUCACCGAGCCCCAGGGCAUUCCCCGAGAUUCCGCAAUGCAUGAGACCUGUCACGGGUUCUUUCCAAAAGACCCAUCCGAGUUGUUUGGAUCAGAUCGGCUGCCCCCAGCUCCGGCUAACCAUCAUGCACUUCUGUCCCCAGGACAAAAUGCUCGAUGUAAUGGGCCUCCUAUCUUGCUGUCUCGAGGUCCACUGGAAAUGGGGUGAGAGUAUCCUGGAACGCGACGAAAACGAUGAUCUACCAAUUCGACCCAUCUUUGAGACCUUCACGACCGCAGAUGGCAGGGGCCUUAGAUCGGAGUUUACCAGCACACAUCCCAAGUUUGUGGAAGGCAUUAAUCCGUCACAGAUGCUAUACGUACCGACUUGA